CGCGAGCUGUGCCGUGUUGGCCGCAGGGCCGCUCUGGCAGAGUAUUUCUGGCGGACUCGCUGGUGUUGGGUCCUCCCCCGGCGGACAUGGCCCUUCCCAGCAUUCCCUACGAGCAGCGGCUUCUCAUCAUGGCGGAUCCACGGGAGAAGGCUCUGCAGGAUUACAGGAAGAAACUGCUGGAGCACAAGGAGAUCGACGGGCGGCUGAAGGAGUGUGAGUGGGGGGGAGAGAGGGCCGGGGGGGGGCAGGGAGGGGGAGGCGGGGGGCAAAUAAGCUGUGUCAUGGCGGCCUGGGAGCUGGGCACAGAGCUCCACCAACACAGAGCUCCACUAACACUAUCACAGAGCUCCACCAUCACAGAGCUCCACCAUCACAGAGCUCCACCAUCACAGAGCUCCACUAACACUAUCACAGAGCUCCACCAUCACAGAGCUCCACCAUCACAGAGCUCCACCAUCACAGAGCUCCACCAUCACAGAGCUCCACCAUCACAGAGCUCCACUAACACUAUCACAGAGCUCCACCAUCACAGAGCUCCACCAUCACAGAGCUCCACCAUCACAGAGCUCCACCAUCACAGAGCUCCACCAUCACAGAGCUCCACUAACACUAUCACAGAGCUCCACCAACAUAGAGCUCCACCAUCACAGAGCUCCACUAACACUAUCACAGAGCUCCACCAUCACAGAGCUCCACUAACACUAUCACAGAGCUCCACCAUCACAGAGCUCCACCAUCACAGAGCUCCACUAACACUAUCACAGAGCUCCACCAUCACAGAGCUCCACCAUCACAGAGCUCCACCAACACAGAGCUCCACCAACACAGAGCUCCACCGUCACAGAGCUCCACCGUCACAGAGCUCCACCGUCACAGAGCUCCACCGUCACAGAGCUCCACCGUCACAGAGCUCCACCGUCACAGAGCUCCACCGUCACAGAGCUCCACCAACACUAUCACAGAGCUCCACUGUCGUCAUCCCACUACCCAGAGAGCUCCACUAUCAACCCUGUCAUACCACAGUCUGAGAAGAUUUAACAAGGAACUGGCACUUAUCUAGAAUUUACACAACUGAAACUUAAAGGGACACUAUAGUCACCAGAACAACUGCAGCUUAUUAUAUAGUACCCAGCUUAUUAUAUAGUACCCAGCUUAUUAUAUAGUACCCAGCUUAUUAUAUAGUACCCAGCUUAUUGAAUUUGUUCUGGUGAGUAGAAUCAUUCCCUUCUGGCUUUUUGCUGUAAACACUGUAAUUUCAGAGAAAAUACAGUGUUUACAUUACAGCCUAGUGAUAACUUCCCUGGCCACUCCUCAGAUGGCUGUUAGAGAUCCUUCCUGGGUGAUAGCUGCCUAAAAUGCAUCCAAACAUUCCGUAUCUCCUCCCUCUGCAUGCAGACACUGAACUUUCCUCAUAGAGAUUCAUUGAUUCAAUUCAUCUCUUUGAGGAGAUGCUGAUUGGCCAGGGCUGUGUUUGAAUCAUGCUGGCUCUGACCCUGAUCUGCCUCUUUGUCAGUCUCAGCCAACCCUAUGGGGAAGCACUGUGAUUGGAUCAGGCUACCACUUCUGAUGAUGUCAGCAGACUGCUUGUUUUUCUGAGUCUAACAGCAUGCAGAGUUACAGCUUCAGGCUUGAAUACAGUAAGAUUUUGCUAUAUUUAUGAAGGCAUGAGGGGCCCAGGGGGGCUAGAUGGUGGUUUUAACACUAUAGGGUCAGGAAUACAUGUUUGUGUUCCUGACCCUAUAGUGAUCCUUUAACAUGAGGCAGGACACCUUAAACCAACAUGCCUUACUCUCCUACAGAAAAUGGUAUCUCCUACACCAUUGGGGCAAUAAGAUCCAACGCUAUAGCUGCCGAUUGCAGUGGCCCAGGCUGAUCUAGUAGUCUCACCCUCUAAUAUUUGGUGAGGACCCCACUACCUAUGGUCAAUGGAGAAUAAAAAUCGGAUGUCCUUCAAGUGAUAUCGAAUACGCUUCAGUAAAUAGACCGUACUAGUCUUUCUUUGAACAAUUGCCUAAUGUACAAAUCCUUUUCUGUUCUGUACCCUCUCCCUUUAUUUUGUUUAAAAAAAAAAUCUAUAAAAACUUUUCAAAUGGGGGGGGGGGAGAAAUCACCAAUAACCUCUCCAAUUUUUUUAAUUUUUUUCAUGAAAUGUUGCAUUUACUAUUGGUUUUACUUUAGUUUAGUAAAUUAAAUCAUAAUCCAGUUCAGACAAGGCACAUCCUGGGCAUAUAUUGCAAAUGUAUAGAAAAAUGGUUUCAUUUAUUCCAGUGGGCGGAGCUUAUAGCAGUGAUUGACAGGGAGCUAAGAUGGAGGUGGCUCUCUCUAUACUGACUGCCAGGUGUAAAGGGCGGAGCUUAUAACAAUGAUUGACAGGGAGCUAAGACGGAGGCGGCUCUCUCUAUACUGACUGCUAGGUCUAAAGAGCGGCGCUUAUAACAAUGAUUGAAAGGGAGCUACGAUGGAGGCGGCUCUCUCUAUACUGACUGCCAGGUGUAAUGGGCGGAGCUUAUAACAAUGAUUGAAAGGGAGCUACGAUGGAGGCGGCUCUCUCUAUACUGACUGCCAGGUGUAAAGGGCGGAGCUUAUAACAAUGAUUGACAGGGAGCUAAGAUGGAGGCGGCUCUCUCUAUACUGACUGCCAGGUGUAAUGGACGGAGCUUAUAACAAUGACUGACAGGGAGCUAAGAUGGAGGUGGCUCUCUCUAUACUGACUGCCAGGUGUAAUGGGCGGAGCUUAUAACAAUGAUUGACAGGGAGCUAAGAUGGAGGUGGCUCUCUCUAUGCUGACUGCCAGGUGUAAAGGGCGGAGCUUAUAACAAUGAUUGACAGCUUGCUAAGCUAAAAGGGAGGUUUCCAGUUACAGGAUAGAGAGUUGUGGAUUUCUACCUUUCACUUUAUUUUUCACAUCUCACAAAGAUUUUACUUACAGCAGUAAGUAAACAUAAUAUUAAAAUACCCAGAAAGUUUCAAUUUAAAAUCCAACCGUAUUGCGUUUCCUCAGUGAGAGGCUCUUCCGACCCCCGGACUUUAUUUGGUUGCCUAAUAUCACCAAAUGGUUAAUCAUACUCUGCCGCCCUCUCUAUUCUCAUUCUGCGAGCUGGUGUGUGUUACGCUUAGCAUAGAUCGAGCCAUGCCCAUAUAUUGCUGCUAUUAAUAGCUGGCUAGAAUGGGGUUAAGCAGCUCUAUCUAGUUAUUGUUAACAAUACGUACAUUGAUUUAUGAUUUAUUUUGUAGUGCGUGAACAACUGAGGGAGCUAACAAAACAGUAUGAGAAAUCUGAAAAUGAUCUGAAGGCUCUACAAAGUGUGGGGCAGGUAUGAUUCUGAGUGAUAGAAGAUUCACAUUAUCCAGCUGUGCGGACUGACUAAAUUCACAUUCCUUUUAUUCUGCUUUUAGAUUGUUGGAGAAGUUCUCAAACAACUGACAGAGGAAAAAUGUAAGUAUAUAUAUAUAUAAAAAUGAUUACAUAUUCACUUAACAGCAAGUUAGUGCUACGUUGACUGCAGGGCAUGUAAAACAGUUAGAGUAACUAAACUGGGAAAAUGGAGUGUGUGAUGUCAGUCUCUCUGUUCCUAUACUACCUAGCCGGCACUAGCAGCGUUGGUCAUGACCACAUGCUGUGAUUGCUAUGCUGGAAGAGUAGAAGGAUUGCCUUUGAGAGAUUUUCUGCUUUCCCUGGUCAAUCAAUUCUUCAGUAUAUAGACAUACAAUUGGUAGGUGGGAGUUAUAAAUGGUGUUUUCCCUUCAUCUAGCCAUGCGGUAUGUGUGUUUAUAUAAUAUAUUUAUAUGUGUUCUUUAAAAAGCGUAGCAUACGUUAUAAAUGGCAAAACCAGUAACCUUUAAAAAAAAAUAAUUCUAUAUAUUUGUAUUAUUUUCUUUUUUUACCAGUUAUUGUAAAAGCUACAAAUGGACCAAGAUAUGUUGUUGGCUGUCGUCGACAGGUAACCUUAAUUUAAAAUAAUUUUUUCAAAAUAAUCUCAGCAUUUAAACAAAUUCUGCUAACUUGACCAAAAUUACAGUUUUGACCAUUACUCUCAAUAUUUGCAUUAUCCGUCCUGAAUGGGAUCUUACAGAUAUCUACUCUAAUACUCCGAGAAUGUGUAACUGAAGCACGUCUUGAGGAAUUCAUUGGUUAGAAGGAUAAACUUGGAAAUGGGUUUUAUGUCUGAAGCCAAAAUGGACGUUUUCCACUUAAAACCAUCUUAUUCUUCUGUCGUUUGAAAUGGUUACACCAUUUUGGCAUUAACUCAUUUUCUCUGUGUAUGCGUGUAAAAAUAAAUAAUAUAUAUUCUUAUAGAACAUUGACAUACAGGGAGUGGGCUCCAGUUUGAAUGAAGCUCUUUCAGUAACACUAAUGUAGCUGCAAUAUACCAACAUGUCUGUAUAUAGUUCUUUGAUUGUUUGUUUUUGUUCAGCUGGAUAAAAGUAAGCUGAAGCCGGGGACUAGAGUAGCCUUGGACAUGACGACUCUGACUAUCAUGCGGUAAGUGUUAUAUUGAGGUGGGUGGAUGGAAUUUAUUGGAUAUCUGAUGUUUGUUUAGGAGGUAACCUGGUUAUGUCGUGCCAUGUACUUCUUCCUACAAGCAGUGAGAGGCCUUUUCUAUGUGUAGUGCAAGAAUCUCUCUCUUCAUCUCUCUCUAGAUGGUCUUUGUCAGUCUGUAGAGUCUAUGCAGCUUGUAAUAUAAUCUACUUUUGCCGGCCAACUGAUUAUUCCCAAUGUUUAUUUCACCCCAACUGCAGUUAUUUACCACGAGAAGUGGAUCCUCUGGUGUACAACAUGUCUCAUGAGGACCCAGGAGAUGUGUCCUACUCGGAGAUUGGAGGGCUUUCUGAACAAAUCAGAGAGCUUAGAGAGGUAUUGUUUUAAGGAAACACGUUUCAAAGACAAUCCCAAAACCCCAUUGAGGAAGCUCUUAAAAUAAACGCCAAAUCAUUACUUCACUUCCUUUCAUUGGAAUCCAUUGUUUAAUGAAUAUCUUAUUGUUCUUUGCUAAAUGUGAACUAUAGUUGGUAUUUGUAAGUUAUGAAAUCUAUGUAUUCCUUAAAGAGAUGCUGGAUUAGCGGUAAUAAUGGCAAAAGAUCAGCAUGAGUAUUGGGUUGUUGGGUUUUUGUUUUUUCUUAACUUAGUUUGAUGACUGGUGUGUUCCAAUAUUUUACAGUAUUUGUUGAGGAAAUAUUCCUAGGGAGAAUUCUCUAACCCUUUCUGUAAUAAACUUUUGUGUUUACAGGUCAUUGAACUCCCCCUCACAAACCCAGAGCUGUUUCAGCGUGUUGGAAUAAUACCUCCAAAGGGCUGUCUGCUGUAUGGCCCACCAGGUCUAGAUCUUUUUUAUAUAUUUAUUUUUCCAUGCACUUGCUAAGCAUUAAAACAACUUUAGUUUAAAGGACACUGUAGACACCCAUACCACUUCAGCUCAUUGAAGUGGUCUGGGUGCUGUGACCCUUUUGCACUAGGUGCUGCAAUGUUAAACAUUGCAGUUCCAGAGAAUAUUUACAUUGCAGAUCUAAGUCUGCCCUCUGUGGCUGACUACCAGAGAGCCACUAGAGGGCUUCCGGAGUCCAAACAGACUUUUGAUCCGUUAUCUGACGCUGGACAUCCUCGUGGACCUCCAGCGUCAGAUUUUCCCCAUAGGAAAGCAUUGAAUAAUGCUUUCCUAUGGGGAAGUCUAAUGCGCUCGUGGCCAUUAACCCCUUCAGCCCCGAGGGAGGGGGGAAAUCCAGGAGCCUAUAGUGCCAGGCAAACGGGUUUGUUUUCCUGGCUCUAUAGGAUGCCUUUAACCCCUUGAGGACCAAACUUCUGGAAUAAAAGGGAAUCGUGACAUGUCACACACGUCAUGUGUCCUUAAGGGGUUAAAGAAGCUGUAUUGGAGUAUAGAUCAUGCCCCUCCAGUCUCGCUGCUCAAUUCUCUGCCAUUUAGGAGUUAAAUCACUUGCCACAGUGUUUCAGAAAGGGUGUAGGAAGGCUGUGUGAGUUUCAGUCAGGGGAGGUAUGACUAAGGCUGCAUAAACAGUGAUUUAACUUCUAAAUGGCAGUGAGACUGCAGGAGCAUGAUCUAUACAUAAAAAAACAGCUUCAAUAAAAGGUUGUUUUGGUGUCAAUCAUAAUUUAGAUGCCAAAGGUACAAUACAAAUAGACUUUAUGGUGACAAAACACGUGACAUGUCAGAAACACAACUUCAGCUUUAGAUAAAAGUAUGAGGAAAAUACAGGGUGGUGGUGUUUAGUUUUCAAAACAUUAAUAAAGGUCUUUUCUGAUUUUUUUUUUUUCAUUUGGGCGUUUAAGCACGCAGUAGAAGGUUGCUGCUUUUUAUGAAUAGAAACCUUGUCGGUUUGUGUAUGGGAGCGCAUUGCAGUUGUUGCACAGCCUGGCAUCGUAAGCAAUCUCAAUAGCUCAUAACUCCCAUCCUGCAGGGAAUCAUCGGGCAUUGAGCAUGUAGCUACGAAAUAUGCAUUCUGUACUUCUGUUCUGCUUUUCAAUUAUAAUUUGCUAGAGUGACAGAAGGAGGAACCGAAAGCCAUAAGAAAAGAAGAGAAACAUCUGUAAAAUGUCACCAUUUGGUUUAAUGUACUGGGGUUUUCUUAACUUCCUCUCAAGAAGAUGAAAGGAUUUACUUUGUAAAAAUGCCUUGCUUGUAAAUGUGCUCUGUUCUUUCUAGGUACUGGGAAAACUCUUUUAGCGAGAGCUGUUGCCAGCCAGCUGGACUGCAAUUUCUUAAAGGUGAGGUUUUUUGUUAAUGUCAGUAGAGGAGCAUCCUUGAUCUGUGUGGCACUAAAACUACAUAGGAAAUAACAAAGUGAUCUGUGCAAUAUGAGCGCUUCAUUCCCUCGUGUGUAACAUGAUAUACUUAACUUGGCUACCACGCUAUGUGUCUCUUCCUGACUACACACAGAAUCACAAAUCGAAAACCGAGCACUGUGUGGCCAAAACUACUACCAGUGCAUGUAGUGGGUAACCCUUACCCUUACGAGUUAAGGGAUUGGUAUGCAGUGAGAAACUAUACAGGGUAAAGAGACUAUAUGAUGCAAUAUAGUCUGUAAUUCUACAAACUCACAAGGUAUUGAGCAAGAUAGGACCGGCUCAGGUGACACAUACCUCCUUCUGUCUUUAUACAAAUUAAGUCAGGAAAAACGGCACAAAAAAUAGACAACGGCAGUGGCUUUCUGGUGAAGUAUGUCAAAUAUAUGAACCUGCUUACCUUUUCUACUCCUGGCUCUAGGUAUGUCACGUUAGGGGCCACUGCCCUUACUUGGAUAGGAAACUACACAUGAGGUUAUCUCCUCAAAAAAGGCAUCAGACCUGUCAUCCUGAGCAAUCAUUGGUCUUUCACCAUGGAAACCAGGAAACAUCCUGCUGAUCCCAUUCAUUUACUGAUUUUCUUCUGUUCUAGGUGGUCUCUAGUUCUAUCGUAGACAAAUACAUUGGUGAGAGCGCUCGUCUCAUUAGAGAGAUGUUCAACUAUGCCAGGGACCACCAGCCGUGUAUCAUUUUUAUGGAUGAAAUUGAUGCCAUAGGUAAGAACCUUUUCCAUAUAUCUCUCCUUAUUUCAAGACUUGUGCUGCUAGCCAGCCUUAAGUUCCUUGCCACUACAAGCCAAGAGGGUCCAUGACUCAUUACGGGUGAGUUUUCUGACUAGCCAAGCUCCUUAGAAGUGACAGGUGGCGUAACAUUGGACAAUAUAAAUAGACUGAUCCUGCAUAUGGUGUCUGGCAAUUUGUAAACAUUGUAUUGGUUGUUGAGCCAUUCCUAUCCCUAUUGAAAAAGAGACUCUUCUGGGAUUCCAUGAGUUUGUAACCCUUUUGCUGUGUGUUUGUACUUUAUCCCUUACUCUUCAUAUACGUAAAGGACACAGGAUUUGCUGCUAAUAUCAUAAAGGCAGGGUUUAAAUCGGAAGUCAUAUACUACAAGAAGUGAAUUAUGGUUUUAAUACCAAGCCUUUGCUAAAUUUGACCUUCUAGAUUAUAAAGUUAAUGAUCACAGAUUCCAAAACCUCUACACAAAAAUAAUCUAGUUGUAGAAAGUAAUUGGUAUUUUUGAGCACAUUUUGACCAUUUUAUCACCAGUUAUAUUUAGUUUUUCGUGUUUCAUUUCCCUGAGUAGUUUCUGAUAGUUUCUCCCUUUACUGUAUUCUGCUACUGCCCCUGUGUACAGUAACACAUCCUAUGUAGACAUAUGCCAGAUUUUUAAGAAAUUGUAUGGGCAUAUUGCAAGUGACAUUUUGUUUUCAAAUAUACUUUUUCUAUUUUAGUUUUCUGAGCCCAUUUCAUUUACCUCACAUUAUACUACAAAUCUGCAAAAUAACAUUGGACUUUUUAAUAUGAGGCAUUUUGAGUCGUUUCACUAAUUUCUGAUGAAUGUGUUGUCUCUCCAAAGAUGUUAUUUAGUGAAGUAUUACAUAUGAAUGAACUAGUGACUGCACUCUGUUAGCCAGCCUCUUCAUUAAUUCAAUAAAGUGGAAAAAUCUGCAAUUUGAGCUCUCCAAACGGUUGAUACUGCAGUCGUUAAUGCAAUAAUGUUAUUCUUUGCUGUGGGCCACUGUUUGGUGAAGGAACUCUGCCACCAUACUGGGCGACUUAAAAUGUCACCCAUAAGAGCAGAUUGUCUACAGUCUGUGUGAUCGCUGUCAACUACAGCACGUAAUCUUUGUUCUUGGCUUGCAAAGAAUCGCUCAGCCUUGGGACCAGCCUAGUCAACAACACAGGGUUAGGGGUAGCAAUUUGGGCAUUUAAACUGGUCUUCAUACCCUGUAUGUUCUGUCUCUAACAGACUUAAUCCAUCACAAAGGUGUUAAGUUGGCUUCCUCCUUAUUGGCACCUUAACUGCACAAUACCUAACAUUGUAAUCUACAAAGCCGUCCUAAUAACGAAAGUUGCUUAACUGUUAACUACAUUUACUGUAUUUUAGGUGGCCGUCGUUUUUCUGAAGGCACGUCAGCUGAUAGAGAAAUCCAGAGAACUCUGAUGGAGGUAAUUUUUAGCUAAUGUGUUUCUGAAAACCGUGCUUCACUUUGAUUGUUGCAAGGGGAGAAGGAUUUUUUUCCUCUGUUGGACCCUUGGGACUGUCUUUAGUUCAACAAAGAAAUAUACAGCAUGACCCUCUAAUGCAGGGCUGUCCAACCUGUGGGCCCCCCCAAAUGUUUGCUGAACUACAACUCCCAUGAUUCCCUGGCUAUCUGUUUCAUUGAGAGAAUCAUGUUCUAGUUGUAGUUCAGCAAAAUCUGCCGCAGGUUGGACAGCCUUACUCUAAUCUAAUGACUGCUGUAAACUCUGUCCUAUUAUGUUACAAAACACUUUCAGGCUUAGACUAGAGGUAGUGGAUCUAUUCAGGUGUUGUAAGCAGAGCAGGUUUUCAAAGCUGCAACAACUCUGCCGAACUAAUGUCUCUGGCAAGGGACAAGUCCUGUCCAAAUUGGCAUCUGAGGAUUGUUCUUUUACCUAAUAUCUAGAUGUUGUCUUUUUUCCUUCAGUGUCUAUGGUAAGCAUUUUCUUUCCUUUUUAUAGAAAGCCAGUGUUUUCUGUUUUCUCGUAUCUAAAUAUUGCUGUUUUUAUGCGUAGAACUCCCAACACUUGUUGUGUCGGUGUCUUGCAGGGAGUUAUGGGAACUUUUAGUUUGUGAACUAAGGAUGUGCCAAGGAUAGACAUCUGUUUUAGAAACCUCUAAACUGCUUUUUCUGAACCUCUAGUUGCUGAAUCAGAUGGAUGGUUUCGACACUUUGCAUAGAGUAAAAAUGAUUAUGGCCACAAACAGACCCGACACGUUGGAUCCUGCCUUGCUGCGUCCUGGGAGACUGGACAGAAAAAUUCGUACGUCUAGAACCAGCACUUUCUUGGAGUGAUUGUUACUUUUCUUCCUCUUGACUAAUAUUUUUUUUGUCCCCAGAUAUUGAGCUACCUAAUGAGCAAGCACGGUUAGAUAUUCUGAAGAUACACGCUGGCCCAAUUACAAAGCACGGGGAAAUAGGUAAAUCCUUAACAAUUGGUGUAUCGCUAGUGCCGUGAGUAAAGUUAGAAUGGGGAUUCUCAAUCAUAUUAAUGUACCUGAGAAACAUUGUGCAUGUGGAUUUUGGAUUUUACAACUACUUAAACCGCAAGGAAAAUAUUUAAUAAGGGCUUCCAUCUUGUCUCCUGAACGUGGGCAGCGGUACUUGGUCGUCGAGUGCCUGGAACUCUUUUCGGUUUGGCACAUGCUCGAAUGCCGGUAAACCUUAGACCACUGCCCGUCCCAUUUCCCGACCACCUACCCACCUACACAAACAACGUUCGGGAGAUAUAAACUACCGAACAAUAAAGAGAUUCCCUUGUAUGGGUUUCGCACAAGAACCCUACGAAUAAAGACCAGCCAGAGCACCAAUUUCCCUGGAACUGUUUUGGGUUAGCGCCUCGCGUCUGGCCCUUCAAAACUUUACCACAAUGCCAUUCCCGUUCUGCCAAUCCGAUCUGAGUGAUUCUUGGAUAUGUUGGACAGUCAGGUUGGGGAAUGUACUUUUCGUGGGGUCCUGGGGUAUCGUUAGGGUACUUUUGGGGUACAGGAUAUUUUGUUGCAUGUUCUGUACCUUGGAGAUAAUUAAAUUAGAGGAGUUUUCUCAGGCACAGAUGAUCCUAGGAUUGAAAACCCUGCAUUAUUGAAUGUGAAACCCCUUGCCUGGGACUGAGUAUAAAAGCCGUGUAUGUGAAAAAACUGUUGUACUCCCAGAACUGUGUAUCGUCCGGUUGCUGGGGUGGAGGUGGGAGAUUCUUUGAUUGUUCUACUUGUUCCUGACUGUACUUUGGUGUUACCAGCGUAGUAGAGUCCCUGCUAGGACUAGAGCUGUCCUUCAAGUAUUAUGUUUAACUCAUAAAUUUCAAAGUAUUAAGCGGUGAGACUGCAGGGGUGGAAGCUAUACACACCAAAACCACUUUACUAAGCUAUAGUUGCUUUGGUGCUCAGAGUAGGUUCCCUUUAAAUUCUUAGCAGUGUCUGAGGUGUAUCUUGUGCUGUGGCCGGUUAGUACUAUCCUUGUUAUUUGUGACUUGUGUCCUGGGGAUACGAUGUGUGAGAUGUAUCUAGUUCUGUGGCCGGUUAGUACUAUCCUGGUUAUUUGAGACAUGUCCUGGGGAUACGAUGUGCGAGGUGUAUCUAGUUCUGUGGCCGGUUAGUACUAUCCUGGAUAUUUGAGACAUGUGUCCUGGGGAUACGAUGUGCGAGGUGUAUCUCGUUCUGUGGCCGGUUAGUACUAUCCUGGUUAUUUGAGACAUGUGUCCUGGGGAUACGAUGUGCGAGGUGUAUCUAGUUCUGUGGCCGGUUAGUACUAUCCUGGUUAUUUGAGACAUGUGUCCUGGGGAUACGAUGUGCGUUCUGUGGCCGGUUAGUACUAUCCUGGUAUUUGAGACAUGUGUCCUGGGGAUACGAUGUGCGAGGUGUAUCUAGUUCUGUGGUCGGUUAGUACUAUCCUGGUUAUUUGAGACAUGUGUCCUGGGGAUACGAUGUGCGAGGUGUAUCUAGUUCUGUGGCCGGUUAGUACUAUCCUGGUUAUUUGAGACAUGCUUGGGGAUACGAUGUGCGAGGUGUAUCUCGUUCUGUGGCCGGUUAGUACUAUCCUGGUUAUUUGAGACAUGUGUCCUGGGGAUACGAUGUGCGAGGUGUAUCUAGUUCUGUGGCCGGUUAGUACUAUCCUGGUUAUUUGAGACAUGUGUCCUGGGGAUACGAUGUGUGAGAUGUAUCUAGUUCUGUGGCCGGUUAGUACUAUCCUGGAUAUUUGUGACGUGUGUCCUGGGGAUACGAUGUGUGAGAUGUAUCUAGUUCUGUGGCCGGUUAGUACUAUCCUGGUUAUUUGUGACGUGUCCUGGGGAUACGAUGUGCGAGGUGUAUCUAGUUCUGUGGCCGGUUAGUAAAUUCCUGGUUAUUUGUGACGUGUCCUGGGGAUACGAUGUGCGAGGUGUAUCUAGUUCUGUGGCCGGUUAGUAAAUUCCUGGUUAUUUGUGACGUGUGUCCUGGGGAUACGAUGUGCGAGGUGUAUCUAGUUCUGUGGCCGGUUAGUACUAUCCUGGUUAUUUGUGACGUGUGUCCUGGGGAUACGAUGUGUGAGGUGUAUCUAGUUCUGUGGCCGGUUAGUACUAUCCUGGAUAUUUGUGACGUGUGUCCUGGGGAUACGAUGUGCGAGGUGUAUCUCGUUCUGUGGCCGGUUAGUACUAUCCUGGUUAUUUGAGACAUGUGUCCUGGGGAUACGAUGUGUGAGAUGUAUCUAGUUCUGUGGCCGGUUAGUACUAUCCUUGUUAUUUGUGACGUGUGUCCUGGGGAUGCGAGGUGUAUCUAGUUCUGUGGCCGGUUAGUACUAUCCUGGAUAUUUGAGGCGCAAUAACAAGUGUUGGUAUUCUCCCAUUAAUGUGUCCUAUUACUGUCUUUGCUUAUUCAGAUUAUGAAGCAAUUGUGAAGCUUUCCGAUGGCUUUAAUGGAGCGGAUCUAAGGAAUGUCUGCACUGAGGCUGGUAUGGAAACAAUUCUUUCACACCCUUAAUUGUGUCCUCAUUAUGGAAUCCUUUGUACCUUUUUACAGCUUGUCUAUUAUUUCAUGAAGUACCUGUAAGCCCCACCCUUUCCUGACAAAUAUCCAGCUACAGAACAUUUGUUUUGCAUUGAAUAAAAUGUUAACUAUGGUAAAUGUUAAUGAACUGCUACAGCUCUGCCGAGCGGUUAUCCAUAUAGAGGCUUAUAGCUUCAUAUAAGCUUCACAAAGGCACAAAAUACUUCUUAUUUUGUGGAUUGAAACCUAUGACAAGCUGACUUGUGAAUGUGACCUCUUUGAGUUUGGCACGGUUUGUGUACUGCAGGGUAAGUGCAUAGACUGGGUUACAGCUAAUGGGGUCUCUUCUCUUAUACAGGAAUGUUCGCCAUUCGGGCAGAUCAUGACUUUGUGGUCCAGGAAGACUUCAUGAAAGCCGUGAGAAAGGUUGCAGAUUCCAAGAAAUUAGAGUCUAAACUUGACUACAAGCCUGUCUAGUAAUAAUCAGAGACUGCAUGGGUGAUUGGCUUAUGUUAGGGGUUUGGUCUUUAUUAAAAGUAAAUAUAACUUCAAUUUAGUCAUUUGAUUGUCGUGGAAGAUAUCUGCUCUCUAUUCUAAUAAUACUGCAUUCGCUGCAGUCAUGUUAGGCACAACUGUUGUCACUAAGCAUUUGUGUAUGAAGGUUAUCCUCUGCAAUAGUGUAACCUAGCAGAUUGUAUGAAAGUUACUGUAUUACGUAAGAAUUUUAUAUCAAUUUGACUUUUUUUUCCCCUUUCCUGGGGUAAAUAAACACUCAAAAAAUUGGG